AUGAUCGUGAAACUCGAACUAUACGACAUCAGAGAGGCUGAACAGAGUUAUAUCAAGUUCGGCAACCGCCGCGUAGUCAUUGCCAACAGCUUCGAGAGUAUCCGCGAGAUCUUUGUCAUCAAUGGUGCUAGCUCCCACGCAAGACCGAGGCAAUACGUCUUUGAGAAGUAUGUCGGAUAUGACCUAGGUUCCCAUUCCCUAGACGCAAACUUCAAGGCUCAGCGUACUGCUGCUCUUCGCUCUGUCAAAGCGAGCGUUUGGCCGUCCUUUUACGCCUGUCUUGAGCGCGAAGGUGACCGUUUGAUCGCCAAUCUGGCCGAGCAGGGUGGAUAUGGCACCAAGGCUAUCAAUCCACUACCGUAUAUGCAAGUGGUAGCAAUGGCACUCGGCUGGUCCAUCACCUUUGACAAGGAAUUUGGGGCUAACGACCCAUGGCUCCGCGAGUAUAUCGAUAAUGCAUGCCUUAUUACCAAGGUUCGCGGUGCAUCAAAUACCUGGAGCGACUUUGUGCCGUUCCUACGACUCCACCCAAAAUUCCGGGCAAUGGGCGCCGAAGGCCAGAAAGCUUCGAAAAGGAGGACGACUAUGAUUCAGGAGGUUCUAGAAGACCUGAAGGCGAGAAUAUCAGCAGGCGAGAACCCAACAUGUGUUGCAGCACAAGUCAUGACGGAUGAGACCAGCAACUUGUCUUUGUGGAAUGCUGUCAAGUGCUCGACAAGUAUGCUACAAGGUGGCACAGAGAGCAUCCCAAGUCACUUGACAGCCGGUAUGGGCGGACUGAUUCAGGGACAUGGUCCUGAAAUGCAAGAAAAGGCAUUCGCUGCAAUUACAGAAGCAUACCCGGACAAUGAUGCAGCGAUCCAUGCUUUUCGAGAGGAAAAGGUUCCGUACGUUGCAGCCCUGUACAAGGAGAUCUUGCGGAACUAUGUCGUACUACCCAUGUCCCUUCCACAUGCGGCGAACGAAGAUAUUCAUUUGAAAUCUGGUAUCACGAUACCAAAGGGCACUACUCUAUACAUGAAUUCUGAAGGGGGAAAUCAUGACGAGAAGGUCUUUGGUCCUACGGCCCAUGAUUUCGAUCCCGAGAGAUGGCUGCGCGAUCCGUCCCUUGAUAAGCUCGGCACGGUCCCGCAUUCGAGUUACGGCAUCGGAUCACGAAUUUGUCCCGCCUGGCAAAUAGCAAAUCGUAUAAUGUAUGGUCUCCUGCUGCGGAUCAUCCUAAGCUUCAAGAUGGAGGCAGAGCCCUCAAACCUGCCGCCAAAAGACUAUAGAACAUUUGGCUGUACCCCCGAUCUCGUGCUAAGCAGCCCAAAGACGUUCGGUGUGAAGUUCGUGCCGAGAAAUAAGCCCGAGCUGGAGAAAGAGAUUUCGGUAAUCCGCGAACGUGAAAGCAGAAUGAAAGCAUAG